AUGUCGCUUAACUCGCUCCCAAAUGAAUUGCUCGCGGAGGUCCUUGGGCAUGUGUCCUUCAGGGAUAUAUGCAGAAUUGCUCGUAUCUGUCGCAGGUUUCAGGCUGUCAUCGAAGAAAGCACGGAGAUGCAGUAUAUAUUGGAGCUUGGACGCGCAGGCAUGAUUGACAUCAACACUCAAGCCUGUCUCGGCGCUCGUGAACGGCUGAAAGCUCUCAUACGGCAGCGUUCAGCCUGGGAGAAAGGGGAAUGGAUAGAACUCGUGACGAUUCCGCAGCCGACGCAACUUCGGAUGAUAAACUGCUAUGACUUCGUCGGAGGACUGUACGCAAGCUCUUGGUGGUCCGGAUCCACCAACGGCCACGACCUCCUGCAUAUCGCACGCUUGCCCAGUCUUUCAGCUAUGACAGCCCCCCAACAACCUCUUUACAUUGGAAGAGUAGACGCGCGUAGGGCGGCUUUCGGCAUUGAUCCUAGCCAGAAUCUUAUAGCGUUUUCGGAACGUUCUUUCUCGGAAACUCAAGACAUGACGACUACUAUUUACCUCAAUUCCAUCAGUGACGGUUUUGUCCACCCGGCGGCAGCCAAUCCGACCCUGACAUAUUGCUUUCCGACGUCAUAUGGUGAUCAGGUACCCGUCUACCUGCAUGACGACAUGCUUGCCGUCCGUUGUACCUAUCCUCCACUUGAUCGGCUGGUCAUCUGGUGCUGGAAGACAGGCAAGAUUGUAGUUGACACGGAUCUGACACUUGGAUCGAAGUUCGCCUUCGUUACGAACCGUUGCUUUUUCCUUACCAUGCAGGGGAAUCCUGGGUCGAUCGUCCUUUUUUCUUUCUCAGAUUCGGAGUGUUUAUCAGAACUAUCCGAUGGUCUCAUCGCUCAGCUUGAUUUCCCUCAGCUUCAGGAUGGGUAUACGGCUAGCUUCGAUGUUCCCGAGGUUCCCCAGGCUUGUGGUCCUACUGGCUAUGGAAACUGGAAGGCCGAUCCGGAAGCUAGAGUCUUCCUCUUCGUCGCAACAAUAUGGGACCGCGAGGGGAGGCCAUCCGUGAUGCGUUACUUCUACUUCCCGGGACUUAGAGCGUGGGAUCCUAUUGUUCCUUGGGAAGACUGGGGGCCGCAAGGGGCCCGAUUACUGAAACAAGUCAGCGCAAGCUGGCAAGUUGAUCAUCUAUUCAGGCCUAUUUAUGGCGAACGAGUCGUGUUGCCGGCGACUUGGACAAAUGGCGAGGAUGGCGCUGAGGAUCAGCCGCCUUGGGAUGCAACAGCUCUCUGCGUCAUCGACUUCAACGUCUUCCAAGUGCGAAGGUCGCUUGCGCAACGUGGAUAUGACAUCCCCGAUACGGGCUCCCACGUUGUUGAAGUCUCUGAGCCGACCACCAUGCCACCUGAGGACGUUUUCGAGUCAGCGGUAACCACUUCCCUGCCAUAUCGCAUUACACGCGGUACGUUGCCCAUCGAGCAGGUGGACACGGUGAUGGUGGAACAGGACUGUCUGGCGGUGCUACAUAUGACUGUCAAAGAAGGACGCGCACAUAAAGUGCUACGAGUGUUCGCAGUUUGA